CUAAAAUUAAAGAAAACGAAAUGACACAACAGACGAAUCGGCAAACAAUGUUCCAGUGUGUGCUGUGAGGACCCGUGUAGGCUAGCAGGACCUCACAGAGGAUGAGUGAGGACGAGAAUGCAGGUUAGUGAGGCAGGCAGUGAGACAAGCAGUGCCACUCCGUGCCUGUUUAUGACGCAGAUAAAGAGGGGGAUAUCAGAUGAUAACACACCUAUUGUUUACCUAAACACAGUGUAGUUCAAUAAAAUAUCGCAGUCUUGAUUGUGAGAAAUCGGGCCCAGUCGGAGAACCGUCGUCCUGGACUUAAAUGAGAUUGACUGAGAUUUAUUGUGUGAUGAACAAAGCAUAAGAGGAGGAGAGAAAAUGAAAGAGGAGGGCCAUAAAAUAGAGGGCGAGAGUGGUAAAGAGAAGGUCAGGACCUGCCCAUUGGUGACAAUGCGGAAGAGAAUAAAACGCUUGAUGGUCGUUCUCUACGGGGCAGUGCUGUUGCUCCUGGGCUCCAUCCUGUUUAGCAGCUCCUACUCUCCCGACCUUGUAUAUAAAGGCUCGUCCAAGCUACACGAAAAUGCAGCUAUUCACGCAGGGGAUUCGAACGACGGAGUUCCGUUAAAUCUAGGAAUAUUGUACUCCCUGGAGAACAAGAUGUAUCCGGAUCUGCAGAAGUGCUCCAACAUACCUCUGCGUGCCCAGAACUACCACCGGGGGGACUACUGGGUCCUGCAGAACUACAUUCCAGCAGACAUGUCCUUCGGGUGUAAUGAGUCCAUCACCUUCACCACUCACGCCGACUACACCUUCCUCACUAACCUCGACCCGGUCACUGCUCGCUGGCAGGGGCCCGUGAGUAUGUCGGUGUACUCUCCUGGCGAGGACUUCGAGGCCACCGUCGCCACCAUCAUGUACCUCCGGGAGUGUGUCAGCUGGGAGAUCAGGAAGUUGGUCACAUUCCAUCUCAUCUUUCACGAUGCCCACGCACCGAGAGAGGUCCCCGCCACCGAGGCGCUGUUGGGAAGGAAGAUUGACUGCUCGUCGGGGCCUCCUCACUUGACCAACGUCACCACCUACAGGAGGCGCAUGAAGCUACUCUAUCCAAUCAACCUGGCCAGGAACGUGGCGAGGCUGGCGAGUCAGACUUACUUCGUCUUUCCGGCUGACGUGGAGCUAUAUCCCUCAGUCAACUUCAUCCCAGAGUUUUUCAAAAUGCUUAAAAAACCGGAUGUAUCGAACACAACUGACCCACGAGUGUUCGUCUUGUCGAUCUUCGAAGUCAAGAAUAAUGUGAAGGUCCCCGAGACCAAGAACGAGCUGCUGCCUCUACUGAAAACGGGAGAAGCCAUUCCCUUCCAUAAGCAUCUUUGUCCUGCUUGUCACCGGAUUCCUAAAGCGAAGGAGUGGCUGGAUGCUCCAGUAGAGCCCGGCAUGUCUGUCUUCCACGUGGCUAAGAGAACACUGCCUCACCAGUCCUGGGAGCCCAUAUACGUCGGUACCAACCAGGAGCCCUUGUACGACGAGAGGCUCUCUUGGGAGGGCAAAAGUGAUAAGAUGACCCAGAUGUACGUCAUGUGCCUGGACAAGUACGAGUUCCACGUGCUGGACACGGCCUUCCUGGUGCACCGACCGGGGAUCAAGACCUUGUCCAGAGACGCCUUCCGGAACGGCGUCAUCGCCUCUCAGAACACUCUACUCAACACUAAGAUCAAGCCUGAAUAUAGACUCAUCUAUGGCUCGGGGAAUAACUGCUCCUUGUGACUAUAAGAACAUAUUAAGGAAAUUACAGCAGGACUGUUAGCCCAUACGAGGCAGCUCAUAUUAAUAUCCACCCCCAAACUCAUUCAUAGUUGUGUCUAACCUACGCUUGAAACAAUCAUGUGAUCUUACACGUCUAUUAUAUUACUCGGUGAAACAAAAAUUGUGCAGCUCUUUUUGACUAACCAGAAACGUACAAACCCAAGCAACCCACCAAACCCUGGCCUCAUAUGUACCGGGCUUGGAGAGUGUGAGAACUCUCAGACCACAAUCCAGGUAUUAUCCAGGUAACUAUCCGUGGCAGAUGCAUAAGGGAAGGGAAUUAUCAGGGAAAUCGCCAAGCCAUUACGACUGUAUAGCACUUGGAAGGAGUCAGGAUAAGGAUUUUGGGAUGGGGGGAAGGAAUGGUGCCCAAUCACUUGGACGAUCGGGGAUUGAACGCCGACCUGCAUGUGGCAGAUGAAUAGAAAAUAUCGAUUUUAUGGUGCUUUACGUUUUAUUAAUACGUCGAAUUUUUAAGUGACGCUCGGCUGAUGCUUCGUAAUUAUAGUAGUAAUUAUGGGCUUGUAUUCCAGUGAAAUAUAAUUUUCCCGUUGUGUUAUGGUUAACUAUAUGGCGUAAGACAAUCCUUAUUUAUAUGGAAGAGGAUUUCAACACAAGAUUGUGUUUCUUGCGGUAUAAAGCAUCGCAUCUCGUGUCCUCUGCAGCCACGUCCAGAAAUGCUAGCACAAAAUGGCUUUGUUAUAUUUAUAAAUUAUUAUAUUACAAAAUAUGUAAUGUGAUCAAACCAACCCUAGUCUUGUAAUAUCUAUAUAUUAAACUCUACACAAAAA